CACAAGUUUGAGAAACACGUGGAUGUAGUGUAGAAUGUUACACGUAAUGUUCAUGAAGUUGUUUUUAUAUUAGACAGAUCAUUUUAUUUCAGGUUUUCUUGUCAGAUCUGUCGGGACCACAGAUGGAAGUGAGCUUAUAUGAUUAUCUGUCUCUCAGCGCUCACAAGGAUGAGUUCAUAAUGAAGCGGCGACUGGAGGAUCAGGAAACCGUUUUUGCAUCGCAGCAGCGGCGCCUGGCUGGCAACGCCGAGGCUUUCCAGCACCGUGUCCUGGCCCCGGCUCCAGCCCCGGCUGUGUAUGAGGCCGUGUCCGACAACAUGCAGCCCACAGCAGGUGUCCAGUACUCCGUCCCCCAGGGAUAUCAGGUUCCCACCGUGGCCCAGAACAGCGGUGGGCAUGGGCACCCCCCGAGCCCAGCAGUCCAUGGGGGGUCCCACCACCACAGCCCGGCAGUGCAGCCCCAUGGGCCCUCCUCUGUGAUGUCGGGACACGGCCACACGGCUGCUCCUCCAGCCUCAGCUCAGGGCCAGCAGCAGUUUCAGAGGCUCAAGGUGGAAGAUGCUUUGUCUUACUUGGAUCAAGUGAAACUGCAGUUCGGCAACCAUCCUCAGGUCUACAACGACUUUUUGGACAUAAUGAAAGAGUUCAAGUCUCAAAGUAUUGACACUCCAGGGGUCAUCAGCCGAGUGUCGCAGCUGUUCAAAGGUCACCCUGACCUCAUCAUGGGCUUCAACACCUUCCUGCCGCCAGGCUACAAGAUCGAGGUCGCAACCAACGACUUGGUGAACGUGACGACACCGGGUCAAAUCCACCACAUCACCCCGCACGGCAUCACAGUCCAGAACAUCCCCUUAACGGGAACAAAUACCCAACACCAGGCCCAGCUGCCGUCUGCACCAACCACCACCGCUCCCCCCCUUCUCACACAGCCUACCCCUGCCAAGAUGAGCAAGCCUCUCCAGCCUCCGGCCUUGACACCGAGCAGCCAGAGCAAUCCGUCCAUCCCUGCCUACACCUCCCCCCGCUCCCCGCCCAUGCAGCUCCACCCACCACUCAGCGGCACCCCCACCGGUCCACCCAUGCAGAACAACCAGCCCGUGGAGUUCAACCACGCCAUCAACUACGUCAACAAGAUCAAGAACCGCUUCCAGGGCCAGCCCGACAUUUACAAAGCGUUCCUGGAGAUCCUGCACACGUAUCAGAAGGAGCAGCGUAACGCAAAGGAGGCCGGAGGGAACUACACCCCGGCUCUGACGGAGCAGGAGGUGUACGCUCAGGUAGCGAGGCUCUUCAAGAACCAAGAGGACCUGCUGUCAGAGUUUGGACAAUUUCUACCUGAUGCCAACAGUUCAGUGCUGUUAAAUAAGACCACAGCCGAGAAGGCCGAGUCUGUACGGAACGACCACGGUGGCACCGCCAAAAAGAUGCAGCUCAACAACAAACAGAGGCCCAAUCAGAACGGCUGCCAGAUCCGUCGGCAUCCAACUCCAGGGUCCAUACCACCUGUUAAGAAGAAGCCCAAGUUACUGAAUUUGAAAGAUUCUUCAGUCACAGAAGCCAACAAGCAUGGAGUCGGCACAGAAUCUCUGUUCUUUGAGAAGGUGCGCAAAGCCUUGCGAAGUGCAGAGGCUUAUGACAACUUCCUGCGGUGUCUGGUCAUCUUUAAUCAGGAGGUGAUCUCCAGGGCUGAACUGGUGCAGCUGGUGCUGCCCUUCUUAGGAAAAUUCCCAGAGCUGUUCAACUGGUUUAAGAACUUCUUGGGAUAUCGGGAAAUGUCCCACAUCGAAACAUACCCAAAGGAGCGGGCCACCGAGGGCAUCGCCAUGGAGAUCGAUUAUGCCUCCUGUAAGAGACUAGGCUCCAGUUACAGAGCUCUGCCCAAAAGCUACCAGCAGCCCAAAUGCACUGGGAGAACUCCACUUUGUAAAGAGGUCCUAAAUGACACCUGGGUGUCCUUCCCCUCCUGGUCUGAGGACUCGACGUUUGUCAGCUCCAAGAAGACUCAGUACGAGGAGCAUAUCUACAGAUGUGAGGACGAGCGCUUUGAGUUGGAUGUUGUAUUGGAAACCAACCUGGCCACCAUCAGAGCCUUGGAAACGGUGCAACGCAAGUUGUCCCGCAUGUCUGCUGAGGAGCAGGCCAAGUUCCGCCUGGACAACACACUGGGCGGCUCCUCUGAGGUUGUGCACCGCAAGGCCAUCCAGAGGAUAUACGGAGACAAAGCACCUGACAUCAUCGACGGGCUUAAGAAAAACCCUGCCGCUUCUGUUCCCCUCGUGUUAAGGAGGUUAAAGACAAAAGACGACGAGUGGCGGGAAGCCCAGCGAGGCUUCAACAAGAUAUGGAGGGAGCAGAACGAGAAGUAUUACCUCAAGUCUCUCGACCACCAAGGCAUCAACUUCAAACAGAACGACACCAAAGUGCUUCGAUCCAAGUCCCUGCUAAAUGAAAUCGAAAGCAUCUAUGAUGAGCGCCAGGAGCAGGCCUCCGAGGAAAACACCGGUCCACCCAUAGGACCUCACCUGACACUGGCCUAUGAGGACAGUCAGAUCCUGGAGGACGCAGCAGCUCUCAUCAUCCACCAUGUCAAGAGGCAGACGGGCAUUCAGAAGGAGGAGAAAUACAAGAUCAAACAGAUCAUCUACCACUUCGUCCCCGACAUGCUGUUCUCCCAGCGCGGUGAGCUCUCGGAGGUAGAGGAGGAAGAGGAGGAGGAGGAGGAGAUGGAUCUGGAGGACGGAGCUUCCAAAAAGCACAAUGGCGUCCCUGGCAGCAGGAGCCCCUCCAAGUCCAAGCUGCUGUUCAGCAACACGGCGGCACAGAAGCUGCGCGGCUGCGACGACGCCUACAACCUCUUCUACGUCAACAACAACUGGUACAUCUUCCUGCGCCUGCACCAGACGCUGUGCUCGCGCCUGCUGCGGCUGUACGGGCAGGCGGAGCGACAGAUCGAGGAGGAGGUCAGAGAACGGGACUGGGAGAAGGAGGUCCUGGGACUCAAGAAGGAGAAGAACGACAAUCCAGCCAUCCAGCUGAGGCUGAAGGAGCCCAUGGAAAUUGAGGUGGAGGAUUACUACUCAGCCUUCUUGGAGAUGGUUAAAAAUCAUCUGGAUGGAAACAUGGACGCCUCUCAGUACGAGGACUCGCUGAGGGAAAUGUUCACCAUCAACGCCUACAUCGCCUUCACAAUGGACAAGCUCAUCCAAAGCAUCGUCCGACAGCUUCAGCACAUGGUGAGCGACGAGAUCUGCAUCCAAGUCACGGACCUCUACCUGGCAGAGAGCGCCAACGGGGCCAGCGGAGGCACCAUGUCCACACAGUCUGCAAGGAGCUCUGCUGAGGCCAUGUACCACCGGAAAGCUGAGCAGCUCAUGUCUGACGAGAACUGCUUCAAGGUGAUGUUUUUGAGAAACCGGGGGCAGGUGCAGCUCAUGGUGGAGCUGCUGGACACAGAGGAGGAGAACUCGGACGAGCCCAUGGAGGCUGAGCGUUGGUCAGAUUAUGUUGGACGCUACUUAAACCCAGACUCCACCACACCUGAGUUGAGGGAGCACCUCGCUCAGAAGCCCGUUUUUCUCACCAGGAACUUGAGACGGAUCAGAAAGUACCAGAAAGGCCGAGAGCAGCUGGACAAGGAGGCCUGCGAGGGCGGCAAGAAGUCCCUGGAAAAAGAGAAAAUGGAGUGUAUGUUCAAGCUCAACUCCUAUAAGAUGGUCUACGUCUUCAAGUCUGAGGAUUAUAUGUACCGACGCACUGCCCUGCUGCGAGCUCACCAGUCCCAUGAGAGGGUGAGCACGCGGCUGCACAAUCGCUUCCAGGCCUGGGUGGAUGCCUGGGCCAAGGUGAACGUCACCCGUGAUAUGAGCGCCGAGACCAACAAGUGGCUGAUGGGUGAAGGGCGCGAAGGCCUCUUACCUUGCACCACCGCCCGCCACCCCGAGGUCGCACACUACGUGAACAUCAACAGAUACCGCGUCAAAUACGGCACAGCCAGCAAAACGCCGUAGCCGAGGAGGAACGGGGAGAGAGAGACUGAUUCCCGGGGGGUGUUUUGGUCUGAAGUCAAACAGGUCAGGAGUAGGUGGAGGGACGAGGGCCUAUUAAUGUGUUUUUAAGGCUGACAUGGGAGCACAAUUAAGCUAUAGCUACCCCUGUAUGUUGCACCCAGGGCGGCAGGAUCACGGAUUUUACCAGCGUUUUUAGCUGGGCCCAUUUUUUUACAGGGCCUUUGGUGCCAAAACUUAGGAAUUGUCACGUUCCAGUCACAGACCUGAGCUCCUACCAGCACUCAGAGCCACGUCUCAAACAAAGUUCCCCCCGAGCUUUUUUCAGCCGGGCCGAGCAACACAAGCAGGGAGCCUGAGAGAGAACGAGUGGUGCUUUUUGUACUUAAUCACAACCGAGCUUCGAUUUUAGCUGUUGACCAGUUUGUCUAUAGCCAUCAGAGUGAGAGCUCCAUCAAAAUCAAUCAUACAGGAAUUUUCUUUAUGAUAGUGUUAUUCUACAGUAUCCAUGAAAAACAAUAUGGCGGACAAGUGCACUUAUUCAGGAGUAGGGAAAUGUUUCAAAUAGUUCUGUUUCCCCAGAGUGAAGGUUUGGAGGAUGCUCAAAUACAAUGUCUGUGGGAUCUGGUUCAGACGUUCCUGUGUUACGGCUCAAACAAUUAUGUACGUAUCACUAGACGAAAAGAGGGAUUGGUUUCCUUUUCAAGAAUACAUGGCAGCAUUAUUCGAAACUGUGCCUGAGCCCCAAACAGCAUUGUCAGGUUAACAUCCGAAAUGCACUGUUUGCAUCUAAUGUAAAAAAAAGAAAACAGCCUCACAGCACUGUUUGGUCUCAGACUGUAAAAUUGUAUAGCUUGUGAAUGUCAGAUACUGACAUGUAUUCCAGUGUAUGUGUUGUGUAUAUAUAUUAUAUAUAGUUCUAUUAACACACAUGAUCCUCGCCGCCCUGGAAGUCAAUCAUUUUAAAAUGCCCUCGGCCAACACACCAGCUCGUGCACACACAGACGCAUACACACACACACACACACAUACACACUUGGAGGACUGUCCACAUGCCGCUCACAUUGUAAAUACACUGUAUAUAGUCUCAGACUUUUUAUGACAAAUCUGUGUUGUUGUGCUAGUAAUACUUUCCAAGGUUACCGUGGACUUUAGUGACGAAUGGCUAAAGUUGGUAUGUAAAUGAAAAAGACAAAUGCAAGACCAUUUAUUACAGUUUUUACCAAAGGGAGUUGAUUAUAAAAAUAGCUGUUUCCCCCUUGGUGUGUUCCUGUAUGUCUUUUCCUUUCUAAUUUCUGUUGUAAAACACGUGGAGAAGUAGAAAUGUAUCCAGGUCUUUCGGUUUUAUAUAUAUGAAAAAUGACAAUUUUUUCUUCUGAAUGUGACAUUUGAUUAAAAAAGUAUCACUGCCCCCCCCCCCCUUUUGACAACUGACACCGUCCAUGGUGAUGGUGAGACUCAUUUCAAAGUUCAGACUUGACAGACUCCACACCGGUCUCACCCUGUGAUGCACGCGUCCCUCCCUGGAUAGAUUUCUGCUGCAAACAUCACCCAACACCAUAUUUUUGAUAUUGGAAGAAGUCACACGAGCAUGUCUUUAGUCCCUUUAUUUAGACAUUAUUUAAAGUAAUAAUAAAAAUGACAUUUGUAGCCUA